AUGGGAAGCUGUUACUUUCCCAGCCCGUGACAGUAACUGACGCAGGAGUAGGGCAGCAGAGACUGGAGAUCCUCCCUCUUCCUGGUGCUGUACAGCCCCUCUCCCUCUCCCACUCCCAUCUCACUUUACAGCCAGUUUGAAGGGGAGAAAGCACAGGGAGAAGAUAAAUGGAAUGACCUGCCCCUCGAAGGGAGAGAGAGUAGGGUCUGGCAACGCCUGGAGCAAGAGAAACUGAAGACUCUUCCACGGUCUGGUCUCUUGUGUUUUGAAACAUCUGCAAAACGUUUUAGUCUCUUCAAUGCGAUUCUGCUGGCGCUCCUGUGAGCACCGCUAGAGCCACUCGGGAAUGAUGGAGCCACUGGAGUCGAAAUCCGAGCGCAUCGCCAAGUACAAGGCCGAGAGACGCAGAGAGCUGGCUCAGAAGUACGGCACCGCGGAGGAGGUGCCUUCCAAAUGCAUCAGGAGGGACCGAGAGAUCUGCCAGGGAGAAUCCGCAGACUCCGGCCAGAGAGCCAGGGAAGCAGCCGGAGAUCUGCAGGACAGAGAUGUGCCGAAGCAGGACUCCGCGGAGCCCGGAGGCAGUCCUCACCGAGGAGAGCAGCCCCUCGCCAGCGACGCCAACGGGGCCGCGGGCGCUCAGGAGGGCGCGGCUGGUGUUAGACGCGGCCGGGGUGAAGGGCGCGCGGCUCUCACCAGCUCGAGCCGGGAGACACCGGCCCCAGGGCAGGAACGCACCGCACUGACCGUAGCGAAUGGCACCUGCGUGGGCGCUGGCGGCGAGUCGUCCCGGAGCAGGGCGACAGAUCUGGGGCCCACCAGGCCCUGGUCCGGGGGCUCUGCAGGGCUCUGCAGCCAAGGUGGCAGUCCGUGGGGGCCGCAGGGGCCUCAGGGGCCGGACUCGGCCCACAUCCACACCCGCGUGUCGGUGGGCCAGCUGAGGAAGACCUUGCUGCAGACUGCCAACGGGAAGCCAGAGGAGAGGCCACCUGUGGCUGCAGGCCCCGUGAGCUCGUCCCUGGACUUGGCGGUGGCCGGCCCGCGCGGGCCCCGGCGCUCUGUGGCCGCCGGCACGAGCAGGAGAGCCAGCGAGCGCUUCAGGACGCAGCCCGUCACGGCCGCCGAGGUGCUGGAGAGCGGCCGGCCGGCCCCGCGUGCGGCCGCGCGCUGCUCUGCAGAAGCCGAGGAAGAAGAAAAGACCAAAGUGGAUGUGAAAACAGAUGACAGAGCCAAGUUGAGUGUUGCAGCCAAGAUGUCUCUGUUUAAAGAGCUGGAGAAAACUGCCUCCCCCGAGGCCACAUCCUUCCUGAAGCCGCGGGGCAGCGGCGUCGCCCAGGAGCGGCGGGUCCGGCGCCUGCACGACCGCGCGCGGACGCAGCCCGUCACCACCGAGGAGAUGGUGGUGGCCAGCAGCUUGCCGAAGGCAGGGGCGUCAGGCGAGGCCCAGGCGGCACAGGCCGCACUGGGAGACGCGAGGCUGGUGGCGGAGGAUGCCAGCUCCCAGCUGACCCUCGGCGAGAAGCUGGCCCUGUUCAACAAGCUGGCCCAGACGGAGGCCCAGACGGAGCUCGUGCUCGAGGCGGGGGACCGGAAGAGGAGGCAGAAAGAGGCCCGGUACCGCACGCAGCCCAUCACCGUCAACGAGGUGGAGAUGCUGCAGAAGGGUCCCGCUCAGCUGCCCCCUCUGCAUCUCAGCCGCUCGGCCCGUCUGGAGCCCGGCGAGGUCGGGCAGAUCGUCCCAGCGGAGAGGCUGGAAGGAGAGGAGACCAGGAGCGCCGGUUCCGGGGUGAGUCCUCAGCACAGCGAUCCCGAGUCUCGUGAAAUCCGGGGCAUCCUGAAGAGGCGAACGGGGAGCUCGGAGUGCGAGAGCUGCGCGGGCAAGGCGACCAGCUCAGAGGUGAAGGGCCAGGCGCGUGAGGGUCCCCCGGACCCCCCCGGAGAGGGCGGGGACGCCAGUGCAAGUCUCUCUGCGGAUCACACAGCUGGGGGUCCGGACAGGGAAGCAGAAGAGCCAUCCAACAUCCCGCCGGAGAGCGGCGAGGCGCUUUCCUCGGAGACCAGCCCCACGGGGUCCGCCCCCUGGAGACACAGGGACAGGUCGAGCUCCUCCGGCUCGAAGGACCUGUCCCCCGAGGACCAGCGCUCCGCCGGGAAGCCUGAUGGCUCAGUCCUGUCCGGAGAAAGCGAGGAGCUGGACAGCUCUUUGGAUUCCAACCUGAGCUCUUCUUUUAAGGAAAGACUGGCGCAGCUCACGAGCGGGGAGCAGGAGCACAAGAGGGACACCAGGAAGAAGCCCGGCGAUGUCGUCCACAUGUCCCUCAAUGACCGCUUCAGCCAGCUGCAGGACGCCGAGAACGCCUGGAGGAAGAAGGUAGAGCUUGAGUGUCCUGCUGGUGGUGCUGCCUGCACCCACUGCUGGGAGCCUGUCUACUCCUCUAUCUUUGUCCCUGUCAGCACUCCAGCCCAGUAUGUAGUCUGUUACAACCAGACCACUCUUUCCUAUGAGGCCCAGGAGGUCUCCCAGACACAGGGCUACUCUCAGCCUCCCUGGAGACAAAAGAAACCCUCCGCGGAGGUGGAGACCAAGCUGAGCCUGGCGGAGAGGAUGCGGAUCCUGCAGGAGAAGGAGCAGCAGUGGAAGACGAGGGGGAAGGGGGCCUCCAAUGACUCCACGCAGUUCACGGUGGCGGGCCGCAUGGCCAGGAAGGGCGUGGUGACUGGAAAAGAGGACUCUCCCAUCAUACAGAAGAGAUCUGCAGGGGGAACUCCAGUAAAGCCUCUGGAAGAGAUCGCCAGUCGCUCUGAUGUGGAGGUCGAGGGGGACAAGAGGCUGGACAAGCUGGAGUCGUUCCUGGGCAAACUGCACAGUAAAGGCAUGAGGCAGCAGGAGACCUCCAUCACAGUAACCCAGGAGACGGUGAAGGAGGUGGUGAGGCCAGAUGACGAGGAGACCUUCUCCAAGUUCUACCGCACUGUGUCUCCCUUGGCCCUGAGCCCCAGCAGCUCUGUGGAGAUAGAGGAGGACUUCAGCGCCAUCUUUGAGGCUUAUACUCCCAAGCUGACGUCCGCUGUAGCCGAGCACAAGCGCGCGGUCAGGCCCGCGAGGAAAACCCAGGGCUCCCGGAAUCCGCUGCGGGCCCUGGCCGACCGGGACGACAUCAGGCAGGAGUACACGGAGCAGCGCCUGAACGUGGCGGCGCUGGAGUCCAAGAGGAUACAGGUGGAGAAGAUGGCAAAGCAUUCCAGCUACGCCGAUGUGGCGCUGGCGGGGCUGGCCAGCAAGGAGAACUUCAGGAGGGUGCAGCUGCGCGAUGCCAAGUCCACCGAGCAAGUGACCAACAACAGUGCCCAGCCAUUCAAGAAGCUGAUGCUGAUCCAGGUUAAAGGUCGUCGGCACGUGCAGGUCAGGCUGGUGGAGCCGGUGACGAGCUCUCUGAACAGCGGGGACUGCUUCCUCCUGAUCACGCCCAGCCGCUGCUUCCUGUGGGUCGGCGAGUUCGCCAACGUCAUCGAGAAAGCCAAGGCCUCGGAGCUGGCGGCCUUCAUCCAGACCAAGCGGGACCUUGGCUGCAAGGCGGCCCAGGUCACCCUGCUGGAGGAGGGCGUCGGCACGGAGAGCAGCCGGGCCAAGGAGUUCUGGAGCCUUCUGGGCGGGAAGGCGGAGUACCGAGGGGCGGGCGGACCGGAAGAGGACGAGGUGUACGAGAGCGCGGUGGUGGAGUCCAACUGCGCGUACCGGCUGGUGGAGGACCGGCUGGUCCCCCACGACAGCUGGGCAGCCAUCCCCAGCGUGUCCAUGCUGGGCUCCAAAGAGGUGCUGGUGUUGGACUUCGGCAGCGAGCUGUACGUGUGGCACGGGAAGGAGGUGCCGCUGGGAGACCGGAAGGUCGCUGUGCAGCUGGGCAAGCAGCUGUGGAGCGGCCCCUACGACUACAGCAGCUGCAGGGUGAACCCGCUGGACGCCACGGGGGCCGGCGCGCGCACACCGCAGAAGGGCGAAGGGCGCCCAGACUGGGCUCUUUUCGGCCGGCUGUCAGAGCACAAUGAGACAGCGCUGUUCAAAGAGAAGUUCCUGGACUGGGGAGAGUCUCGCAGCACCAGGGAGGAGCCCACAGUGCCUGAGCUCAAGAGCCCCACGCAGUCCCCGGUGGAGCUGGAGCUGAAGCCCUGCGACGCCAAGGCCCUGCUGGCCUGUAGCAGCCCGGCCGCCCGCACCGUCCUGGAGGGCGUGGACGUGCAGCGGGGCUACGGGCUGAUCGAGGUGGAGGACCGGCGGCCGGCCCAGCUGGCCACGCUGGCGGUGGAGGCCUGGUCCGUCCGCGAGUUCGGCGAGUGCGAGCUGCCCCGGGAGAGCGUGGGGCAGCUCCACGAGGAGGACACUUACGUCAUCAAGUGGACGUACUGCAUCACGAACGUGGUGGGCAAGAGGCAGAAGCCGGACCAGGUGGGCAGUGGCGGCGGCGGCGGCGGCGGGCCGGGCAGGGAGAGGUGCGCCUGCUUCUUCUGGCAGGGCAGCUGCUCCAGCGCCAGCGGGAAGGGCGCGUCGGCGCUGAUGACCGUGGAGCGAGGCAGCCAGCGGGGGGCGCAGGUCCAGGUGACCCAGGGGAAGGAGCCUCCCUGCUUCCUGCAGCUCUUCCAGGGAGGCAUGGUCGUGCACAAGGGCUCCCGGGACGAUGUCUCCAAAAACACAGGUGGGUGGCGGCUCUUCUGCGUGCGCGGAGAGGUGCCAGUAGAGGGCAGCCUUCUGGAAGUGGAGUGCUGCUGCAGCAGCCUGCGUUCCCGAGUCUCCGCGGUCCUGCUGCACGCCCAGCAGGGGGCGCUGUACCUGUGGCACGGCUGCAAGGCCCACGCCACUGUCCGGGAGGUGGGCAAGAAGGCUGUGGAGCGCAUCACGCAGCUGUGCCCAGCUGAGAUGGGUCUCCACAGCAACAGCGCCCUGCAGGUGCAGGAGCUGGAGGAGGGCUCCGAGCCUGUGGAGUUCUGGAAUGCGCUGGGCCAGCAGGACAGGAAGGCCUACGACUGCAUGUUGCAAGACCCUGGCAAAUACAACUUCACGCCCCGUCUGUUCAGGCUGAGCGCGAGCAGCGGCAUGUUCGUGGCCGAGGAGCAGCUGGGCCCGGCCCGGACCUCGGGCACCGUGACGGCGAUGCCCUUCCUGCAGGAGAACCUCUACUCCGUGCCACAGCCCGCCCUGUUCCUGCUGGAUAACCGCAUGGAGGUGUACCUGUGGCAGGGCCAGCAGCCCCCAGAUGUGGAGUGCACCGGCUCCGCUCAGAUCCGCUGGGACAGCGAGAGGAAGUGCGCUAUGGAGACAGUCCUGCAGUACUGCAAAGAAAAGAACGCCAGACGCCCUCCUCGGGCCUACCUGAUCCACGCCGGUGCCGAGCCCCUCACCUUCACCAACAUCUUCCCCAAGUGGGAGGCCCUGCCUGCGAUCAAGGCACAGGCCGAGGCCUCGUGGGACAAGGUGAUCCUGGUGCAGGACGCGCUGGCCCGGCUCUGCAAGACGCAGUACUCCCUGGAGGAGCUGCAGGGCAAGCCACUGCCCGAGGGUGUGGACCCUCUCCGCCUGGAGCUCUACCUGUCCGACGAGGACUUCCAGAGGGUUUUGGAGAUGAAGAGGGAUGAGUUCAACACCCUUCCUAGCUGGAAACAAAAAAACCUGAAAAAGAGCAAAGGACUGUUCUAAACUGGGGGAAAGUGGGCGACUGGAUUCUGUACAUGAAAUAACUGUCUCAUGAAAUGUGCUGCACUUUUUGUAUCUUUAUAACUCUUCUGUAAAGUGCCGAAAUGUAAGUCGGUAGUGUACGACCUGCCAUGUCUGUUUGUACCUGGAGAGUGUCUUGAGGAGGUCAGCAGUCUGUCCAGCGAGGGUGGAAGAAACGACACUGCUCGGAACGGAGGGCGAACCGUCUCAAAAUAUAUUCGAUCAAAACGAGGUGCAGCGUUUUUAACAGACUCCCCAACAUAUAAAUAUGUAUAAAUAUAUUUUUUUUUUGUAAUUUUCAUGCUACGUGACACUGCCGCGAGGAGAAAAACACCGGAAAUAAAUGCCCAUGUAGCAGUUGAAAAGAAAAUGGUGCUUUUAGCAUUACAGUGUGAAUAUGUUUUUAAUGAUGUUUUAUUAGGGACACCACUGUCAGAAACCACACACACAUCUCAUGUCUCCUCUGUGAUCGUUCUUCAUUUGGUCAUGUGCAUUGUGUCCACUCUGGGGGGGAACCACAUUUUUAAGACCACAAUUCGUGUUGCCCAGAUCCAUGUUACUGCAACAUGAACAUUUGUGUAACACGGAUCAUUCCUGCCAGGUGAAAAAGUUUGGGUUGUCUGCUUUUACUUUAGAGUUCUUUGGAAACACCGUCUUCUAGGGUCUUCUCUGGAAACCUAAAGACUUGAGACUGAAUAUUAAAAGGUUGCAAUUGAUCCUCACACCAGCUGCAGUGUUCAAAGAGCAGAAGUGGCCUGAGUAUAGAACCACCCAGAACUUUUGCUGAAGCUGCCUGGAGGAAUGUUGUCCAGGAACCGGUACCACUGAGUCUGCAGAGGAACAACCAGCAAGCUCCAGAGGAUGUUGAGCUGAGCAGGCAGGGCUCAGAGCUUGACCAGGCUGCAUUCCCGAUGUUAUGAACAUGUGCCUGUGAAGCACAGCCUGGAGCCCUGGAGACUUGCCUGUAAUUGCCAGUAGAGCAUUGUGGUGAUAAGGAUCAGUGCGAAUUGGGGUUAAUCCUACAUAUUUAGAUUUUCUUUUCCAUUACAUUGUUAAUUUUUUUUUAAAUACCAUAUUCAUGCCAGAAAUUAAUGUUGUUCAUGGUAUUCUGUGCAUACGAUCAGCAGUGUGGUCUGUGGUCUAUGUUCUGAAUGAAUUUCUCUCUGUACGGAAACUGCAGGCUGGAAGAGGAGGAUCUUUUUUAGAAAAUGUUUUAUUUGCCUGUAUAAAUCUAUACAGAGGGAAACAAAGCGUGUGUCAGUGUUUCAUAGUUUCAGUAACACAGGUAAGAGCUGACAGCAUAAAAACAGCACAGAAAGAAUGCUUACAAAGUUUCUCGAGUAUGAUUAGCAAGUGGGGGAAAAGUGUGGUAUUUUAACAAUAAAUAUGAUUACACUAUUUUUUACA